AUGCCUCCAAAGAAAUCUUCUUCGUCCUCGUCUUCAAAAAAACCAACAGCCAAUAGGCUAAUUUUACCAAAGGUCAAUUUAGACGUUUCCGACCGAACUCAUGAAUUUGUUAUGCCACGUUCAUCUGCUAAAAGGAAGUCUCAAAAACCUACCGACUCACCGCAUGCUGUCCAGCUGACGCCCACCACAGCAGUCAAUCAGCACAUCCCCACAGUGGCGGAACAUUCAGCUUCCAGCAGUACCGAAACGCAGCCGAUUCAUUCACUUACUACGCUGACGUACGCACUCCUUCCAAGUUUGCCUGCUAGUACGCCUCAGAGAAGCCAACAAGCGUCACAAUGCUUAUCUGCAUCUUCGCUACACCCGACAGCUUCUGAGUCAAAAGCGUUGUUGGUGAAUGCACUCAAACACGCCAAAACCGCCACCAUGAUUGCUCAGAUGGCUACUGUCUUAGCGGGUACAAUGAAUUCAAUAGCUCAAGCAUUUGCCAGCAAUGAAUCGACUGACACCGUCUCUUCUGGACUAGGCGAUGGGGUCCAGCAGCUGUCAACGAUAAAAUUUCUCUCAGGCAUCCUAGAUGAUUCUCUGUCUAAAAUGCUGCCCGUCUAUAAGAACAGUUGUUCGAUCACGUCGGAACCUCCGCUGCAAGUUGAAACAGAUUCAAGCUCUGCAACGACCCCACCAGCGAAGUCAUCUCAAGAGUCAACUGAGGAGGAGCCGAAACCUCCGAGGUCCAAAUCGCCGCCUCAGGGUGACACUGACGAGGAGCACAUUCCACUGAGAGGCAAAAGCAAAUCGACGUAUACAAAUUGA